GAAGAAGAAGAAGCAGCAGCAGAAGAAGAAGCAGCCAACAUGGCGGCUCCUCUGGAGGUGGUGAUCAGCAGCGAUUCGGUCUCUCAGCUCUGGAACUGCACAGUGUUCGACCUACACAGCGGCUCCAGCCUGCUGUCCUACCGGGGAGGGAACUCUGCCGCCCGGGGCCUCGCCGUCCUGCGGGGGGAGUUCCUGCUCAGCGCCCAGCUGGGCAAGAACUUCAUCAACGUGUGGGAGAUCCAGAGGAAGGACCAGUUGCAGCAGAAGAUCGUCUGUCCAGGUGUGGUCACCUGUCUCACCACCUCACUUGAUGGAGCCUUCCUCGCUGCUGGAGUCGCUGAGGCCGUCUACCUGUGGGAGGUGUGCACAGGUAAGCUGCUGGCGGUGCUCAGUCGACACUAUCAGGAUGUCACAUGUCUGAAGUUCACCGAUGACAGCAGCCAUUUUGUGUCUGCGGGCAAAGACAACCUGGCGCUUGUGUGGAGCUUGUGCAGUGUGGUCCAGCUGGACAUAAGCCACGCCCCCGAGCCACGCCACAUCCUGUCCCGUCACUCCCUGCCAAUCACAGACCUGCACUGUGGUCACAUGGGAGCUCAGGCCAGAGUCGCCACAUCAUCGUUAGAUCGGACUGUAAAGGUGUGGGAGCUUUCCUCUGGUGAGCUGCUGCUGUCUGUCCUCUUUGACGUGGAGAUCAUGUCUGUGACCUUUGACCCCUCCGAGUACUUCCUGUUCUGUGGCGGACGUGACGGGAACAUCUUGCAGGUGUCUCUUUGCGGCCAGGGUCUGACCCGGGAAAGAUCCUUCCAGUCCGACAGCGAAGGAAACCAGGUGCUCAAGGGACACAGGAACCUGGUCACGUGUCUCUCCGUCUCAAUGGAUGGGACUCUCCUCGUCUCAGGAUCACAUGACGAGACGGUUCGUCUCUGGGACAUUCAAAGCCGACAGAGCGUCCGCUGUCUUGCUCACAAAGGCCCCGUGACAAACGCCGUCAUCAUGGCUGUUUCAGCAAACAUGUUCCUGCCCGACAGUCGGCCCGCCAUCCCUCUGCCACGUUUUAGUCGACACCUCCACGCCUCAGAGGGAAGUGACGGCGAGGCUGGGGAGGUUUGUGUUCGCCCCGCCCGUCAAGCCCAGGAUGAGGAGGAGUCAUACUUGCAGAAAGCUGACAGGUUGUACUCACUGAUGCGCGCUGUGAGCGACAAGUCGGUGUUGGGUGAUGGUGAAAACACGAAGGUUCGGGUUGCAGAGCUGGAAGAAGAAGUUCAGACCCUGAAGAAGGUCAACAAAGAUCUGUUUGAGUUUUCUUCUCAGCUUCUCACCAAGCCCACAGAAUCCCACUGACCCAGAAAGAACCACAGCGGCACAGACGGAACCACAGCGACCCAAACAGAAUCACUGCGACCCAACCAUGCAUCUUUUAUUCCAAAAUAAAAGCCUUAUUUUUGUUGAA